AUGGCCGAAAAAUUCGAGUCGACUUCUCGAUCACUCAAAGAGCGCACACUCCCACUCCCGGCAUAUAUAUGGGAAAGCCUACUUAUGCUCCGCGUGGCUAUAGAGGCGGUGGAGGCGGAGGUGGUUAUGAGAGGGGCGGCGGCGGCGGUGGUAGUGGUGGUCGGUAUGGAGGGAACGGUUACGACAGGUCUCCCUCUCCUUACUAUUCCCGUAACGAAAGAAGAGGCCGUUAUUCGCGAUCCCGAUCUCAUUCUCCCCGAGUUGCCAUUCGGUAGAAGUUUUAGAAGAUUUGAAUGAAAUUAAGAAAAAAGUAUUCAAGAGAAAU